ACGCAGGAGAAGUAGUGGUGUUGAAGCGGAGCAAGGAGAGCAGUUCAGUGAUCAAAAGGAAGAGGAGGAGGAGAAAGUAGGAGAAGAGAACACAACAAUGGCUUCAUUGUGCUCCAUCCCCACCCUCUCCAAACCCCUCUCCCCAAAGCCCAAAGCUGCUGCUACCUUUAGGCCUCGCUUCUCCAUCUCCUGCUCUGCUUCUUUACCCCAACAACAACAGCCACAACAAGGAGAUGACUCCGUCUCUUCAUCUCUCAAGACCUUCUCCGCCGCCUUGGCGCUCUCCUCCCUCCUCCUCUCCUCCGCCGCCGCCCCUCCCCCCGCUGUCGCCGACAUCGCCGGCCUCACGCCGUGCAAGGAGUCCAAGGCCUUCGCGAAGCGGGAGAAGCAGUCCAUCAAGAAGCUGGAAGCCUCGCUGAACAAGUACGCGCCCGACUCCGCGCCGGCUCUCGCCAUCAAGGCCUCCAUCGAGAAGACCAAGCGCCGGUUCGAGAACUAUGGCAAGUUCGGCCUCCUGUGCGGCUCCGACGGGCUGCCCCAUCUCAUCGUCAACGGCGACCAGCGGCACUGGGGCGAGUUCGUCACCCCCGGCCUGCUCUUCCUCUACAUCGCUGGUUGGAUCGGGUGGGUCGGGCGGAGCUACCUGAUCGCCAUCCGGGACGACAAGAAACCCACCAUGAAGGAGAUCAUCAUCGACGUGCCGCUCGCCACCAGGCUGCUCUGGAGGGGCUUCAUCUGGCCAGUGGCCGCGUACAGGGAGCUGGUCAACGGGGAGCUCAUCGCCAAAGACGUGUGAUCCGCAGGUGAAGAUAGGUGCAGAAAGAAAGGGAAGGUGCUCAAUCUGUGUUCAUAACACAAAGUCUAUGCUUGGUGUGGUGUACUUAAGAUUUGGAUAUCUACUUGUAAUUCAUGUUUGGACUUGUCAUCUUUCAGAAGCCAACUGAUCUAUGUUUCAGACCUUAAUCUCAAGCUGCUCUUCUCAGAAUC